GUUUUCGAACAGUCUUAUCCUCUCUUUCCUCGGUCUCUCUCUCCCCAAAACCCAAACAGCCGCCGUAAGGUUUCGCCGCCGAUAUAUCCUCUCCGGCGUUACGCCGGCGAAUCUCUUCCGGGUAUUCAGCUACUAAAUUUGAAUUGACUUAGUUUCUACUAAUUUGAUGAUUUAGUGAUUUAAAUCAAAACUCUGUUUUAACACUCUUCGAGCAAUGUUAUCGACAUUGCAUCCGCCGCGUUCUCUCACUCUCCUCCCUCUCCGAAGAUUCCACGGCCCUAAAACAAUCGUAUCUGCAGCUUCCACUUCCCCCGCGACGACGACCUUCGACGCUGCUUCCGUCUCUCCUCCACAAUCCCAGAUUCUGAACACUCGUCGCUCCCUCCUCUCCGGCGAAACCACAGCUUCCGAGCUCGCAAAAUCGCACCUUUCCCGAAUCCGUCUCACUGAACCUCAGCUCAAAUGCUUCCUCCACGUAUCGGAGAAUGUUCUGAAAGGCGCUCAAGAGAUCGACCAGCGAAUCGCAAGAGGCGAGGAAUUAGGUCCUCUCGCCGGAGUUUUGAUCGGCGUCAAGGAUAACAUCUGCACCGAAGGCAUGCCUUCCACCGCCGCUUCUCGCAUCUUAGAGCAUUAUCGUCCGCCGUUCGAUGCGACGGCGGUGAAGAAGAUAAAGGAAUUGGGAGGGAUUGUUGUUGGAAAGACCAAUAUGGAUGAAUUCGGAAUGGGAAGCACCACUGAAGCUUCUGCCUUUCAGGUAACCGCGAAUCCAUGGGACUUGACCCGUGUACCGGGAGGUUCAUCAGGAGGCUCAGCAGCAGCUGUUGCAGCAAGACAAUGUAUGGUGUCUCUUGGUAGUGAUACUGGUGGAAGUGUGAGACAGCCUGCUUCUUUCUGUGGUGUCGUUGGUCUUAAGCCAACUUAUGGACGUGUCUCUAGGUUUGGACUUAUGGCUUAUGCGUCUUCGUUGGAUGUGAUCGGUUGCUUCGGCUCCACGGUUGCUGAUGCUGGGAUGCUUCUUCAUGCUAUCUCUGGUUAUGAUAAGUUCGACUCCACGAGUAGCAAACAAGAUGUGCCUGAGUUCGAAUCACAGUUUCUUUCUGUGGAUUCUUUGGAAUCGAAACCGUUGAAAGGAGUGAAAGUUGGUGUGAUUCGUGAGACGAUUGAAGAAGGUGUUGAUUCUGGAGUGAGAUCUGCAACUCAGGAAGCAGCUUCUCACUUAGAAGCAUUGGGUUGCGUAGUGACAGAGGUCUCUCUUCCUUCAUUCUCUCUUGGAUUACCAGCUUACUAUGUGAUUGCCUCAUCUGAAUCAUCUUCGAAUUUAUCACGUUACGAUGGUGUCAGAUAUGGGAAUCAAGUAAUGGCUGACGAGCUCAAUAAGCUGUAUGAAUGUUCUCGAGGAGAAGGAUUUGGCAAGGAGGUGAAAAUGAGAAUCUUAAUGGGAACAUAUGCACUCUCUGCUGGUUACUACGAUGCAUACUACAAGCGAGCUCAGCAGGUGAGAACAUUAAUACGAAAAGACUUUAAAGCGGCGUUAGAUCAGAACGAUAUCCUAAUCUCUCCAGCAGCUCCAUCUGCUGCUUACAAGAUUGGUGAAAAGAAAGAUGAUCCAUUAGCAAUGUAUGCUGGAGACAUUAUGACGGUGAAUGUGAAUCUCGCGGGACUUCCUGCGAUUGUAUUACCGUGUGGAUUAGUCGAAGGAGGUCCCUCGGGACUACCCGUUGGUCUUCAAAUGAUCGGUGCAGCCUUUGAUGAGGAGAAAUUGCUGAAAGUGGGUCACAUAUUUGAGCAGACUCUCAAAGGUUUAAGCUUUGUUCCUCCAUUGUUAGCAAAUGUAGCCUAAACGUGAAAAGCAUGAAGGCUCUUUUUUUUUUUUGUGCGCUUAUAUUUUGAUGCUUUAUUUAGGUAAAGCGAAUUAUUUGUAAUUUAACUUUUAUAAAAUAAAUGUAGAUGCUCAGUAUAUUCAAUCAUUUUAUAUUUUAUGUUCUUAUAAUUGUAUUCAUGCACUUGAUUAUGUUAAACUGAAUAACACGGUUGUAUCAUUAAUCAUUUUC